AUGCCACCACGUUCCUCCAAAUCUAUCGACAAUGUCCUGCCUUCUCCCGGUCAAUUCACCCGUCCUCCUCCAUCGCAAUAUUACACCUAUCGCAUUCGACGAGGAGAACAGGGAGUCCUAACGUAUGAGCCUUACAAAUCCUAUCUCCUACCUCUUUGGCGAUUCCGAACUCCCUCGAUUGCAGAAAAGUCUUCGAACGCCUUGUAUGGAGAAUUUCUACGUUUUUACAAGGAAGAUGAUUUUGUAGGUAUGGAUAUGAGUAGAAAAUUUAUACAAAUGGGUAUGACGCGAUCGAAACGCUAUGCGAAUCAUAAAGGGGGACGAAAGUACGAUAUUGGAAAGGAUGGGGAAAAAGUGGAAAUAGAAAAGAGUCAAGGGCAUGAAGGACAGGAAGACAAACUGAUUGCUAGUGGCAUAUUCAAAGAAACGUGGGCAAGGUGCCGGGGGCAUGAAGGGUACAAAGCUUUGAAGGAAAAGUUUCAAAGGGAAUUGAAGGACUGGAUUAGUGUCCACGGAGAGAAAACAUGGAAUGCUGAAGAGGGUUUGGAAGUAAAAGAGCGGGAACAAAGCGAAGAAGCAAAAUAUAUAAAACAAGAGGGCAAAGGGAUAGGGAACCUGAAGAGGUGCAGACAACGAAAGAGGCCACGGAGUGAAAUAAAAGAGGAGCGAAAGGUUAAGAAGGAGGAUAGUGUAGACGAAACCUCGAGCAACCCAAGAACGAAGCGAAAACGAAUCGAUCUUUGA